AUUGUCCUUUUAAAAUAGCGCGCAGGAAUCAUCAUCAUUACAAUAGCAUCACCUUCGUCAGACAUAGUGCGUCUAAACUGAGAUAAAGUUUAAGAUUAUCUUGAUUCGACUGCUUGAAGAAAAACAAGUUUUUGAGGUUAUGCAUCCAUCGUUUUACGACGGCUUGACCUUCAAGAGUUCAGUAACCUUCGUCAAUGUCGCUGGAUCGUUGCCUUAAAUCGGUUGCUAGAUCUGUACAACUAGACAGCACCGGAGCAACUCCCAGAGUGUGUGGAACAUUUUCGUCUUGGUGACCGGAGUACAGCAGCAGCAUCUCUCUCAUAUCUAGCCUUUGUUGUUCAGCUUGUGUCCAAUGUGUUUCGCUCAUUCCGAGUAUUGUCAAGUUGUAUCUCCUCAUAUUCACAGUUAUUUAACUGGUCCUCUCGGUCUCCCGCAUUGUCCGGACGUAUAUUGAUGUACCUAUAUUGAUCGUUGCUCUGGCUGUUAGGAGGGACAUCGGCCUCGUGAUUUCCGAAGAAUUUCUGGUUUCAUCAUGAGGCGUCAUAAUUCUUCCUUCAACUCGGAGGGCACGGUUUAACUGUUUUAAAUUGUUUAUUCUGUUUUUUCUGUUAUCUUUACUGAUCAACUCUUGAAACACUUAACUUUUGACCGCCAACCUUUAUUUUUGAGAAAAACACUAACCUAAAUAUUUGAUCCGUAAAAAUUCUCAAUGUCCAUCAAGGAAGGUUAUCUGAAAAAGUGGUCCGAUCGUAAAAAUUGGCACAAUGUGUACUGUAAGCUGUUAAAUAGUGGUUGGUUUCAGUGGUUUGAUGAUGCAUCUUCCACCUCACCCAAACGGAGUAUUGAGAUUAGACGUGUAGUAUCGUUUCUAGCGUUUGGAGAACCUUCUCACCGUGUUCCAUGCAACCCAACCUCAUUAACAGCUACAGAAAUUCCUUUGGCUUUUGGUAUUCUCUAUGGACCUCAUAUGGGGAAUCAAAUGGUUUGGUUCGCCUGUCCAGAUCAAGGAACAUUGAGCUCAUGGACAAAUGCGUUAAUGUCAUUGUUUCAGCAAACUUCAGCACUCCCAUCUGCCCCUCCACCAUAUCAACCUUCACCGGCACCAGCUCUACCCACAGGAUCAAUCGGUUUUGCAAUGCCUGAUCCAACUGCUUAUGGUGGAAAUCCUGGCGGUUAUGGGCCUCCUCCUCCACCAAUUAGUCAACCCAAUUAUGUAUACCCAACUAAUAAUUAUGUUCCACCAACAGUGCCCCCUGCACGAUCACCAGUACCAGGUGCUUAUGUGCCUGGGACAAGUACUUAUAGCGGUUAUCAACCACGUCCACAAGAUCCACAAGGUCAAUAUUUUGUCGGGCAAAAUGGUCAGCCAUAUCAAGUGGUCUAUAUAGAUGGUAAACCAAAAAAGAAGAAAUGUAAAGGAUUGAAAAAUGCAGCAGUUGGUCUCGCAUCAGGAGUAGCUGGUGGUUAUUUGGCAAGUCGUCUAUUUGGUGGCUGGGGUGGUGGAUUUAUGGGUCCGCGAUGGGGCAGUUGGAGUUCAUUGUCUAGUCUCAGUUGGUCUGAUUAAAUUGAAUUCUAUUUGACUGCGCCUCUUCCCUUCUAAAUAUAUAUAUCACUCUUUAUCUGUAAUAUCGACAACCAUGUUUUAAAGAAUUCAAUUUUCAAUGUAUAAUUAUAUUGGACUUAUAUCAACAACAACAACAACAACAACAACAACAUCAAACUGCUUCCAAUAUGUAUUGAAUAAUGAUACAAAGUUUCUUGUGUACUUGUUUACUUAUAAUCAUUCACUCAUUCACUCCAAUUAUCAUAGACCCCCCCCUUUUCCUCUUAUCAUCAUUUCGUUCUCACUGGCAUGUUGGCAGAUUGAUUUCUAUUCUUUGAAUCUUAUUUACAUAAUUUAGAGUAAAGAGUAGAUCCUAUUAGUAACUUGUUGAUUAUUAUUAUUAUUAUUAUUAAUGGUAUUCACUCAAGAUUUCACUUUAUCUCAGUAAGUUACAUCAUCUAUGUUUGUAUAUUUUGAUUAAAAUACUUUUGUUUAUUUAUUUAUUUGUUAUGUCAAAGUGUUUCUGAGUUGUGUAUUUUGUUUUCGUUUGUUUGUUUGUUUUCAUUUGUUCAUUGAUACAAUUUGAAUGUUUGUUCGGUAAUAUGAUUAAAAGAUGAAUAAAUUGUUAUGUCAUUA